GCGGCGGAUCCCUGAAAGUAGGCGGGGCUUAAGUAUGUCGUAUUUCAAAGAAGCUAAUAUAUAGCCAACGGUAGAGACUGUUUGAAGAAGCCAUUUUGUUUUCAGGAUUGUAUUGGAGCACCCUGCUUUAAAUCAGACGGCCAGAAGGGGGGCGGCGGCGCUCCAGAUGAGCGAUAUCAGCGGUUAACUUUUUUCCUCGUUUAACUAUUUGACCGCUGACACACACACAAACAAUAGAAAUAAGUGAGUUUAGUGGCGGCAUAAGAUGGAAGAAGAAAAAGUUGUAUAUUCCAGGUCGCAGCUGCUGCUGUUUGCCGGCACUAAGCCGCUGGAGGACGCGCUGGAGAUGUUCGUGCCAGAAUCCAAGCAAUUCAUGAGCUCGGACACUGAGCUGUGGAACUUCCUCUGCAGCCUCAAGCAGGACUUCUCCCCGGUCAUCCUUCGCAGUAAGGACGUGUAUGGCUACUCCUCCUGUCGCUCCGUGGUGCCCGACCCUAGCUAUUUCUCCCGCAGAAACCCGAAAGAUCAGCCGCAAGUAGCGCCGGUGCCUCCGCCUAGAAAGCCGCCUGUCAAGAGAAAGCGGAGAGGCACGCGGCUCACUUGCAAAAAACGCCGGCGGCGGGACAGGGCUGACAGUGUGGGGGGCAGCGAGGAGACGGGCAGUGGGAGCAGUGGCUGUAGCAGCCCGACCCCGUCGGACGUCCUGGACAGAUCCAUUGAGGAGAUUUGGAAGGCGGCCACUCCUAAGCUUGCGAUGUUCCCCAGCAUACGGGUCAGGGAUGUGUCGUGUAAAGCUAAAGUGGUGGACGCGUGCAGGCGUGCCCAGGAGAUCUUACAGGUCAACCUGCAGCCUGUGGUGAGGAUCAAACGCUUCCCCGUCCUUUCCUCUUCUUGAAAAGGCAACCGAGCUUUGCUCCUUGUGCACUUUUACUGCUGGGGACUUGGGGGCACACAGUCCUCUGGAGGUGCUCGCCCCAGCGACAAGUCAGCCUGUUUACAUGCCCCCUUCAUUCUUUAUUCCCGCUGCACUUUACUACACACAUUACUACUUUCUGCUAAAGGAAUCUAGAAAGUUACAAGUCUGUAUGUUGAACUGUGCUCUAGAGGAAAUACUGAGAAGCCACUACUGUCUUGUACCAGGAGAAAGAGCUUCUACUUUGUCUUUCCAUUUUGUCAUUCAGCAUGGUGCAGCCCCAAACUGCCUCACUGGGGUGGAGAAUGACCCUCAAAGGAGCAGUUUUUGGACACCAAAAGGGCUUAUGCAAGAGAAAUCCAUUGUGUCACUCUCCAGUCGCUGAAUUACAGCUCCUAGCAUCCAUAAUUAUUGCAAAGUGUUUGGGGAGUCUAGGAGCUUCAGCUCAAGUCCUGGCGGAGUUCUUAAAGUUGGAAAUCAGCAUUAACAGAGCUGGCUAAUUUAUUGGCCUCCAUCAUGGCACAAUUUUUAUUGGCAGGUAUGGAAUCCCUACAAAAAAAACUCUUGAAAUAUUUUGGCCUAGUUGCUUCUCAGUUUGGUAUGACCUCACUUGGAGUAGAUGCUACAGAUCGUUUGUAAUAACCUUAUUCCUCUUCUAGUCUUAACUUCUGACUGCUGUAAAGAUGUGAAUCAUGACAUUUUAAAGGAUCCCCCUCAAUCUCUAGAACAUGCUUAUUUAUGAAUCCUUAUAGGAAUAACAAUGCAAUAUCACACUUUUCUUUAGACUGAGUCUGAAUCGGAGAUGUGUAGUUAACCAUCAUGUUACCAGUUAAGCCUGUAACUGAGUGGGCUUUUGACAUGGUACAUUUUUUCCCUCCCCCGUACAUGGAGGCUCUGAUCUACCAUAUAUCAGUGCCAGUUAUGAACACCUAUGUUUAUGCAAAGACUUCUGUUGGGGAGGACAUCCCAAUGAUAUAGUGGCUAUUGUCCUAUAGGCAACGACUACCUCAACCGUUUUUGAACUCCACAGAAGUCUCUAUCCAAAGACUAGUUAGUUUUCUAUUUUGUACUCUGUAUCAUUUCACUUAAAUUUUGUGCUAGUUGCCAAGUGUUAUGAUCUUCAAGAACUGUGACAAAGUAAAUGCAAGCUUAUGCAAACUGAUUUUUUUUAUUUUAACUUGAAAUUGUAAGGGCAAAGCAAGUACAACCCAACUGUUUAUUAUUCUAUAUGAAUUAGUAAGCACUAUUUUUUUUUCCCCUGUAAAUACAUGUGGCGCGGUGUUUGUCCUAAGCCUUACUGAACAACAUAUUCAAAUUUUAGCUUUUUGCUUAUGUGCUAUAAACAAAACAAAGUCGUUACUUCAGUAGAACUGAGUAUAGUCUUUAUAUUUAGCUGGCUUAUUUGAGGAUAUGCAGCAAUGUUGUUGUCCGUGCAAAGUUUAGUGAAACUUUGUAAUUAUUGUACUUCAGGAAGGAUAUUUAUUAACAGUAAAGACCUAAAAUGUGACUGUUGCUCUUCUGUAUGGAUGAGGUACUGCCUAUGGAUACUGUAGCAUUAAGAAAUAGGCCUCUGCUGUCUAACGCACGUGCCUUUCCAAUUCCUCAUGUAAUCUUUCAGUGUUGGCACAAACCUGUUAAAGUAAUUGAAUGACUACAUAGAUUAAAUACUGGUGCUAGGUCAACUUUUCACAUUAGUCUGUUCUUUGUAAAAAUAUGACCGAUAAAACACGUUGUGUGUUUGUAAUUUUUUUUUUUUUUUUUUGUAAUUGCAAUUUUAUUUCCAAAAUAAUUGUAUGGUUUCCUUCCAACAGUGCCUAAAGUAGAUGAUGGUUCUUUCUGUGCAGAAGUAACUCUCUUCUACUACAAAACUGUAUAUAAGAGAAUCCAUUCUCUGAAAAUUUCAUAUACAAAUACAUAGACUUCUUAUCACUGUAACAGUUAACCCAUUGGUGGUAUAAAAAUAAUGCAUACCAGAAAUCACUUUAAAAAUUGUGUAUUUUGUAAUUCUGUGAUCAUACUUGGAGGUGUGCAUUGCCAUAAAGCUGUUAUAUUCUUGCUAGCAUAUAGGCUAGUUAAUGUGUUGCAUUAGAGAAAAAUGUUUUGUCCUUUAGUAACUUAUUGAGUCUAAAUAAACUUCCUUCCAAAUGA